AUGUCAACUUAUCCCGUCUACGUAGUCCAACAGUACGAUAGCGCCUUGCCCUCCGACCACCGCAGGCGGCUGUCUAUUGUAGUGCAGACCCACCACGACCGGAAGGGCGAACCCAUUGGUGACAUCUAUUGCGCCGAGGGAUCUAUCGCUUGUGGGUUCCAGUUCAAGAUUUACCGAGACCAGGCGAUCCGCAAGAUGUACGGAUACUGCGGCCGGGUCUGCGUGGGCCAAGUCGACUCGCAUGGCGAUCGUGGGGUCCUCGCCUUCGAGUACCAGCUCGGUCGCGUCGACACUAGGGACGGCAUGAACUGGGCGUAUUACGCUCUCAGGCGGCUGUUCGCCCAGGGGUUUCGCAUCGACGUCUGGGCGCCGGAAGGGCUUCGGCCCAUGCUGGAUGAGGCGUUCGCGGCGUCGGUAGGGAACCGCCGCGCCUGA